AUGGAGAAACGACGUCCCCUACACCCGCUUCCAUUAUCCUGUUUUCUUGCACCCGAGAACUUUACCGACCAGCGCAUAAGCCCCCUCAAGUCAGCCAGCAAGCGUCCUAGGAGCCCUAGUGCCUUUCUGAGCCCCGCUAAACGUCGCAUCCUCCGCGAAGAAGGUUUCUUGCCGUCGCCGUCGUUGUCGGAGCCGAGGACUGUAUGCCGCGAAAGAUUUUUAAGUCAAGGUGGAAUGGAUAUUAGACUUCGUGGACACACAGAGGCCGGUACGCUAGCAACGCUAUGGGACGGGUCACGUUGUGCCGGCGACGACGAGGCUUUCGUCAACACGGCAGCCCGCAACACGUGUUUUGGAGUCUCAACCAAAGAACCUGUUAUACCCGGAAAUGGACUUGCAAUGCCUAGACGCUCUCCUAGACUCUCAUCUAGACGAGCUGACGGACCGACAACAUCCUCGCACGUCAUGCCACCGCUCCUGGUCCCUCGUGAAUUGCCCCCGCGACACAACCCACAGAGCUGUCACUACCCCGGUUUCGACGUGUAUUACGACUCUCAUAUCGAACUUCCGUCCACGUCAUCGCGUUCCAGCCCAGAUAUGGAUUGGGAAAUGGAUAGGGAGAUCGUGAAGGAGAAUUUGCCACUUCGGAAGAAGGCGAGGAAAGCGACCUCGCUGCCUACCGGGGGUGUCGCAGACGACACUUCUAGCGAGACGACCAAAGACAAGACUAAGGCAGCUUCGUAUCCCGCGACACCGUAUCACAACACGCCCAUCCACACUCCAGCGACGCCACAUAUACGAAGGACGCCACUCGCAGGUGCGAAAACGAAGUACGAAAUCACCCCUGGCAGAACACCGGAUAGCAACAGUAGCAAGUAUGCGAGAAAGCGAGCAUUGGAGCAGGAAGUGGAUGAAGUGUGCAGCGACGAGGAGGAUUAGGGUGGAGUGACCGCUAUCCGGAACACUCCGAUUUCGACUGGCGAUAAACGAUAGUGGUUACGAAUCUCACGUUGGCAUCCAUUUACUCCCGUUUUACGGACCUUCAUCUUGCAAUUCUCUAUUACAUCUGCUCCGUUUAUCAUUUGUGACAUGGUCUCAUGUCGUUCCGACCGUGGCAUUAAAAAAGCUCGCUGCAACAGCCCCAUCUCAGUCCUACAUAUCGAAAGCCACACAUCUAUUUGCCGUCCAUUUGUGCAGCCUCCCUCAUUUAAACGAUUAUUGUUUAAAUACAACCUUGUUCUUUAUGCUUGACUCAAACGACAUUCAUGAUAUGUUACCG